AUGGUAUUUCAAAAGCUUGUACGCUUUGAACAAGACGGUUCUAAACAUUAUGGAAACCUCAUCAAAUUCGUUCAAGGCAACUAUGAGGUUGAAAGGCUUUCUGGCAACCUAGAACUGGGUUUCCAAUCGACAGAGCAGGUUGUAAAAGUCUCAAAGCUGCUCUGCCCUCUUGAGUCCACACCCAUUGUACUUUGUGUGGGAUUGAAUUACCAGAAGCAUGCAACCGAAGCAAACUUGACUGUUCCAAAAUAUCCUGUGAUUUUCACCAAGCCUUCCGAUGCUUUGAGUGGGCCAUUCGACGAUGUGCAUGUACAUAAAGACUGCCAGUCGCAUCUGGAUUAUGAAGGGGAGCUGUGCGUUGUUAUCGGUCGCGACGCCAAGGACGUAUCUGCGGACCAUGCUCUUGAAUACGUUCUUGGCUAUACGUCAGGCAAUGACAUCUCAGCCAGGAAUUUCCAACUUCCCGAAGCUUCUGGGGGUCAAUUUUGCUACGCAAAGUCGUUCGAUGGAUUUGCACCUAUCGGCCCAGCUAUUUGCAGUCCGGAAUUAAUCCCUGACCCUCAGUCUCUAUAUCUGAAAACGAUAGUCAACGGAGAGGUUGUGCAAGAAACAAGCACGAGCGACAUGAUCUGGUCUGUUCGAGAGCUUAUUGCUCACUUAAGCCGUGGUACUACUAUUCGUCGUGGAACAGUUAUUAUGACAGGUACACCUUCUGGGGUAGGGUAUUUCAGGAAUAGCUUUCUCAAAGACGGUGAUACUGUGGAGGUGGAGAUAGAUGGGUUUUCGAAGGUUACAAACAAGAUGGUCUUUUUGCCUUAG